UAAUGAUUGUGUCUUUCAUUUUGACCCAGAAAGUGAUGUCAAUCAAAGCCCGGUUUUACUGAGUAAAUUUACAUAUUUACGUAGUUUUUUCAGGCUUUGGUUGUUUUCUGUGCCUUUCCUUGACUUUAUAAAGAAUUCAUGAACACAGUGCCGUUGUUUUUGAAGUGGUAGAAAGUAUAUUCACUUGCAAGUUUGUACAUUUUCGCCCGGCCUGUGAACUUGACAUAUUUCCCUACAAUUCGAUGGGCUAAAAAAUAUGAUUACGUUUAUCUCUAUGCUAUCAAUGUUGUUAUCGUAUAAUUUCAUCUUAUAUCGUUUAACAAUUCCUCAAGAUACAUGUAUCAGCAGCACUAGAAAGUUAUGUUUUUCAUGCUAAGAAAGUGUUGCUGGCGAGUUGGAGAAAUGCACACGGCCAGUACUGAUGCGAACACAAACGGCGCCAAUCCCGCGCGGGAUAAGGUGGCCAUCCUCGAUGCCGGAUCACAGUAUGGAAAGGUGAUAGACCGGCGGGUCCGCGAGCUAUGCGUAGAAUCCGACAUCUUACCUCUCGACACUCCGGCAUACCAUCUCAAGGAGGGCGGCUACCGCGCCAUCAUCAUCAGCGGGGGACCCAACAGCGUGUAUGCAGAGGACGCGCCCAGAUAUGACUCUGAUAUAUUCAAAAUUGGACUGCCUGUUUUGGGCAUCUGCUACGGCAUGCAGAUGCUGAACAAGGAGUUCGGCGGCUCGGUGCUGCGCAAGGAGGCGCGCGAGGACGGCCAGUACGACGUGGAGCUGGAGACCACGUGUCCGCUCUUCAACCGCCUGGAAAAAGUCCAGCAAGUGCUCCUAACCCACGGAGACAGCGUUCAGAAAGUGGGCGAGAGAUUCCGCGUGGGAGCCCACUCUAGUAGCAACAUCGUCGCAGCUAUCUACAAUGAACAGAUGCGGCUGUAUGGAGUGCAGUUCCAUCCUGAGGUGGACCUAACCCCGAAAGGCAAGCAGAUGCUGUCCAACUUCUUGUUCGAUAUAUCCGGGCUGUCUCGCUCGUUCACGCUGCGCUCGCGCCACGACGCCAUCUUGCAGCAUAUCCGAGAUACCGUCGGGGAAGACAACAAGGUUCUGGUGCUGGUGAGCGGCGGCGUGGACUCCACGGUGUGCGCGGCGCUCAUCAGAAAAGCGCUGCGGGAGGACCAGGUCAUUGCGUUGCACAUCGACAAUGGCUUCAUGCGCAAGAACGAGAGUGCGAAGGUGGAGCGUUGCCUGCGCGAGCUCGGAGUCAGGCUUCACGUCGUCAACGCGGGACACCAAUUCCGUCAAGGCAGCACGUCAAUCCGUGACGCGAGCGGGCGCGGCCGCCAGACGGCGCUGCUGUGCCAGACCACCUCGCCCGAGGAGAAGCGCAAGAUCAUCGGGGACGUGUUCAUACGCGUCGCCGAGCAGGCCGUGCGCGACUUGCAGCUGCAAGAGGACCAAGUGCUCCUAGGCCAAGGCACGCUCCGGCCAGACCUGAUAGAGUCAGCGUCGUCUCUCGCGUCCAACAACGCAGCAACAAUCAAGACGCACCACAACGACACGGAGCUGGUGCGCGCGCUGCGAGCCCGUGGCCGCGUCAUCGAGCCGCUCAAGGACUUUCAUAAAGAUGAGGUGCGAGCCCUAGGCGUGGAGCUAGGGCUGCCGCCGGCGCUGGUGGAGCGGCACCCGUUCCCCGGGCCCGGGCUCGCCGUGCGCGUGCUGUGCCAGGCCGAGCCCUACGCCGAGCGGGACUUUGCAGAGACACAGGUGAUCGUCAAGAUAAUGGUGGAAUACGCGUCAAUGUGCGUCAAAUCCCACGCUCUGCUCGGGCGAGUGGCCAACGCGAGCACCGCGGCGGAGCAGGCCGAGCUGCGCCGCAUCUCCAGCAAGACGCCCGUCGCGGCCACGUUGCUGCCCGUCAGGAGCGUUGGCGUGCAAGGUGACUCGCGAACAUACAGCUACGUGGUGGCGCUGUCCACAGAGCGGUACCCGCCCGACUGGAAGGACAUGGCGUAUCUGGCCAAGCUCAUACCAAGGGUGUGCCACAAUGUUAACAGGGUGUGCUACGCGUUCGGCGGCCUCAUCAAGGAGCAAGUGACGGACAUCACGCCCACCUUCCUCACGGAGCAGGUCAUCUCCACCAUACGGCAAGCUGACGAUCUCGCCACACAGGUGCUAACCUCAAGCGGCAUAUCCUCGCAAAUAGCCCAAAUGCCGGUAGUCCUGAUCCCCGUGCACCUAGACCGGGACGCGGCAGCGCGCGCGGCGUCGUGCCAGCGCUCACUAGUGCUGCGCCCGUUCUGCACCAGCGACUUCAUGACGGGGCAGGCGCCGCUGCCGGACACGCCCGCCAUGCCGGCUCAUGUGGUUGACAAAAUGCGCAAAGAGCUGAUGACAGUGCCCGGCAUCUCGCGGGUCCUGUACGACCUGACACCGAAGCCGCCCGCCACCACCGAGUGGGAAUGAUGCGCGCGCGCAUCUUGUUUUAUAUAGUUUUAUACCGACCGCCAGCGCGGCCUAGACCACCUCCUUAAUGCACCGCCGACUGUUUAUUGGUUAAUUGAAUGUGUGAGUAAUGUUGAGACGGCUAACAGCGUUUUUCGUACGUUAGGAAGUUAUCAAAGGUUGAGACGGAAAUAUAAGUAAAACGAUAUUUGCCGAUAAACUCGAAGUCACAUGACUAGUAAAGUAGUAACAAUGUUGGUAUAAAUUUACAAUACAUAGACAUCGAAGUAAGCGAAACCUUAGAAAUCUCAAUUACAAUUCAACUGAUGUUCAGUCAAAAAAGGUGACAUUAAUUCGAGGUCGUGCCGGGCCGCGUCAAGUAAGCACCGGGGCAGUGGUCCGUUCGUAAAUCUCCAGUGUUAAGCCUAAUAAUAUAUGAAUAUUAUGUAUAGCUUUACAUUGUUACACGUAGUUAUACACAUUUUGUGUAGGUACCGUUUCUAUGUCUCACAGUAUGGCAAUGAAAUGGCCUGUGGUAAAGACAAUGUUAAUCAAAUGGUAUCUACAGGGAAAUGGUAGAACAGCGUGUCCUCACUUAAAGUGCCUGGACUAAUAACUUACGAAUAUCUAUUCGAUCUGCCUUUUAUAAAUAAUAAAAUGGAUACCUAGCUAAAUAAUGUCCUAAGCAAUAUUGUGUUCAAAUAACAGAUAGCAAAGCUAGUGUUUGUUUUGUUUUAAGUCUUUGCGUAAUUGGAUAGAUAAAGUCGCUAUUGACUGUUGAAAUGUGUAAUAUAAUGAGUUUUUUUCCAUUGUUUUAUGAAAUCACUUUGUUGUUAUUGUAUUUCACACGAUAG